UCUCUGUAUUCUGUACUACUACCGCACGAACCCUCCCUUUUUAUCAUCAUCAUCAUCAUCAUCUAGGCUUAUUACUGCUGAACCCAAUGAUCCCCACAAUCAACACAUUUAUAUACAUCUUCUCUUCCUCAACUCUUUCUCUGCAACAAGCACCAGUUUAAAAACUAGACCCUUUAUAAUUCCUUUUUUGUUUUCUCUCCUUCCAUCUUUCAGCCUUUCAAACAUGGCCUCUCACAUAACCUGCUAUUUCCUUUCUGUGUUGCUUAUAAUAUUCUUGGUUUUGUAUCCUUCUCAAGCCAUGAUCGCUACUAGUAACCAGUCUCAGUUUUUUGUGCAAAUAAUGAAGCUUCUUUCACCUAAUUCAGGCAGCUCUUUGUCAGAUUGGGAUGUCAAAGGAGGAAAACCUUUCUGUAAAUUCUCUGGGGUUGUCUGCAACGGUGAUGGCUACGUUGUCCAGGUUGAUAUCUCCGGUCGCUCAGUCUCCGGUCAGUUUCCAGCAGACAUAUGUUCCUACCUGCCUCAGUUGCGUAUUCUACGUCUUGGGCGCAACAACCUUCAGGGUGACUUUGUUGAUAGCAUCACCAACUGUUCAUUCUUGGAAGAGCUCAGCAUGGAUCAUUUGUAUCUCAGUGGAACUCUCCCAGAUUUUUCACCCUUGAAGAAUCUAAAGAUACUUGACAUGUCUUACAACAAGUUCAGCGGCAAGUUCCCCAUGUCAGUGUUUAAUCUUACCAAUCUUGAGGUGCUCAAUUUCAAUGAGAAUGAGAAAUUCAACUUAUGGCAGCUGCCUGAGAAUAUAUACACUCUCACUAAGCUCAAGCACAUGGUCUUGACAACAUGCAUGGUACAAGGGAAGAUCCCAACAUCAAUAGGAAACAUGACUUCCCUUGUUGAACUUGAACUGGCUGGAAAUUACCUGGUGGGUCAAAUUCCGGCGGAGAUUGGAUCGCUCAAGAAUUUGACGCAAUUGGAGCUCUACUACAACCAACUUACAGGUAGCAUACCGGAGGAGCUCGGAAAUCUCACAAACCUCAUUGAUAUGGACAUGUCAGUCAAUAUGUUGACUGGGAAGAUUCCAGAGUCAAUUUGUCGGCUUCCAGAGCUCCAAGUCCUGCAGCUUUACAACAACAGUCUUUCAGGAGAAAUCCCAACUGUGAUUGCAAACUCCAAAACACUGAGAAUGCUAUCACUUUAUGACAAUUUCCUGUCUGGAGAAGUUCCAAAAAAUCUGGGGAAAUCAUCAGCUAUAGUUGUCCUCGACUUGUCAGAGAACCAACUUUCUGGUCCAUUACCAACAGAGAUUUGCAAGGGAGGUAAGUUGCUCUACUUUCUCAUCCUGGACAAUCAGCUUUCUGGAGAAAUACCAGAGCGCUAUGCAGAAUGUGAGUCACUUCUCCGAUUUCGACUUAGCUAUAAUCGUUUGGUGGGCUCAAUACCUUCAGCACUUCUUAGCCUUCCCCAUGUUUCCAUCUUUGAUCUGGCUUACAACAAUCUGAGUGGUCAGAUUGCAGAUACAAUUGGGAGAGCUAGAAAUUUGUCUGAACUUUUUGUCCAAAACAAUAGCAUUUCAGGUGUUCUACCCCCUGGAAUCUCUGCAGCAAGAAGUCUUGUGAAAAUGGAUCUCAGUAAUAACCUUAUUUCUGGUCCAAUUCCUUCUGAAAUUGGCAAAUUAAAGAAGCUAAAUUUACUGAUGUUGCAAGGCAACAAGCUCAAUUCUUCCAUUCCUGAUUCACUGUCUUUGUUGAAAUUACUCAAUGUUCUUGAUCUAUCCAACAACCUCUUGACAGGAAAUAUUCCAGAUAGUCUUUGCAAAUUGUUACCAAACUCUAUCAACUUCUCAAACAAUAAGCUUUCCGGUCCUAUUCCAGUCAGUUUGAUAGAAGGAGGACUAAUAGAAAGCUUUUCAGGCAACCCUGGCCUCUGUGUGAGAGUCGAUGGUGACUCAUCUGAUCAAAAUAAGUUCCCUAUAUGCUCACAACACUUCAAUAGAAAGAAAAUAAAUUCAUUUUGGGUGGUAACAGUUUCAGUAGUCAUCAUGCUUAUUGGAGCUAUUCUCUUUCUGAAGCGCCGGUUUGGAAGAGAAAGAGCAGAAAUGCAACAUGAUGAGUCCUCAUCCUCAUCAUUCUUCUCCUAUGAUGUGAAGAGCUUCCAUCGAAUAAGUUUCGACCAUCGUGAGGUCAUUGAAGCUUUGGUCGACAAGAACAUAGUAGGCCAUGGAGGAUCCGGGACAGUUUACAAGAUAGAGUUGAGCAGUGGGGAAAUAGUUGCAGUGAAGAGACUAUGGAGUGAGAAAACAAAAGAAUCUUCAGUAGAUGAUCAGUUUGUGAUACACAAGGAGUUGAGAACUGAGGUGGAGACUCUGGGAAACAUAAGGCAUAAGAACAUUGUAAAACUGUUUUGCUACUUCUCGAGUUUGGAAUGCAACUUGUUGGUUUAUGAGUACAUGCCAAAUGGAAACCUUUGGGAUGCUCUUCACAAAGGUUGGAUACAUUUGGAGUGGCCAACUCGUCACCAGAUCGCGCUUGGGAUUGCGCAGGGUUUGUCAUAUCUCCACCAUGAUCUGAUGCCUCCAAUUAUUCACAGAGAUAUCAAGUCCACCAACAUACUUCUCGAUGUGAAUUACCAACCCAAAGUAGCAGAUUUUGGCAUAGCAAAGGUUUUACAAGCAAUAGGAGGGAAGGAUUCCACCACCACUGUUAUCGCUGGGACAUAUGGUUACAUAGCCCCAGAAUAUGCAUAUUCAUCCAAAGCUACAACUAAGUGCGAUGUCUACAGUUUUGGGGUAGUUUUAAUGGAACUCAUAACUGGGAAGAAGCCAGUGGAGGCAGAGUUUGGUGAUAACAAGAACAUCAUAUACUGGGUUUCAAACAAAGUGGAUACUAAGGAGGGGGCCAUGGAGGUUUUAGACAAGCGAUUGUCCGAGUCAUUCAAGGAGGAGAUGAUCCAAGUUCUACGAAUUGCUGUUCACUGUACCUACAAAGCCCCUUCUCUGCGUCCAACCAUGAAGGAAGUGGUUCAAUUGCUGAUCGAGGCAGACCCUUGCAAAUUUGAUUCAGGCAAGUCAUCAACCAAGAUCAAAGAAGCAUCAAAUGUAACAAAGGUUAAGAACCCUUUCGAGUUAUGAUUUGCAUGAAGAACCUGGUUGGUCCUACCAGCCCAAGGUGAGGUAUUAUAGAUAGUAAUAGAUAACCAUGGUCCCUCGAAAACUAAUCUGCAGAACUGAGUCAUAAAGAUAACUUAAUUACUCUCCUAGCUUUCCAUGAAAGUGGCUUGUAGAUUCUGUCUCUCUUUCUCUUUUGCUUGUUUUUUUUUUUUUUUUUUGCUCUUGUAAGGAUUUGAGGUAUUUAGUCACUAUAACUGCUUUAGAGUAACGCUGAUCAGCAUCUAUAUUUCAGAGACCUACCAAUGAAUUAUCAUAAUUUUAGCUUUUGUGAGUUUUGUUUUUCCCUCUUUUAGCUUUUGCUAUUUGAGUGGGGAAAAAAGGAGUGGAAGGUUGUGAAAUGUGAGAGGUUUCUUGUGUGCUCAAAAGGUGGUUCCUGAUUCUGAAUUUCAAUUAAUAAAGGUAAGAAGGCCUGAUUCUAUAUAAUGGGGACACUUAAGCUUAGCUAUCCAAUGAGCAGAUAGUUGGACUUGAUUGAUAGAUGAGCAUCUUUG